AUGUUAUCCAAGCGUGACUCAGAACUGGUUAACAAAUUAACACCAGUAUCACCCGCCUUAAACCACUCGGCCACACCUCCUUAUUUUUUAAUUUUAGAUUGGACUGGUAUUGAAUAUGGUGUAGCCAAAAUAUUUAAUUUUGAUUGUAGCCAUAGAGAGUUAACCGACGACUUAAAAAUAGAAGGUCUUAAAAAUCUAAUUUCGGUUAAUGUAGGUAAUAAUAAAAUUACUGGUUUAGAAAUCUUGAACUGUUCUAAAUUAAGGAGGUUAAUUUGUUCUCACAAUGAAUUAAAAGACUUAAAAAUAGAAAAUUGCCCUAAUUUAGAACGGAUUUAUUGUUCUCAUAAUGACCUUAAAAAACUAGAUUUAACUCACCUAAAUAAUUUAAAAAAAUUAUUUUGCAAAAAUAACCCUAAUUUAAAAGAUGAAGAUAUAAAAAUCUUACCCACUACUGAACUUUUAGACGCCGAAAACUUUAACGAAGAAGAGAAAAAGAAAAAAGGUAAUGCUCAGAAGUUUUUAGAAGAAAAGUUCUCUGAUAAGAGUACGAAAAUUAUUGAUUUAAGCAAUGAAGAAAUAAAUGGAAGUUUAGAUUUAAAAGAUUAUCCUAAUUUACAACUUUUCGAAUGUUCGAAUAACGAAAUUGAUAGACUAAAUAUUGAAAACUGCCCUAAAUUAAAAGAAAUAUAUGCUUAUUCUAACAGGUUAAAGGAGUUAAAAAUAAAUGAUUUUACUAAAUUAGAGAAGUUAAAUUGUGGAUUUAAUAAGUUAGAAAAGUUAGAAAUUGAAAACUGCCCCGAGUUAAGAUAUUUAUAUUGUAAUGAAAAUAAUUUAAAAGAAUUAAAG